AUGCGUACUAACAAUGGAGCUGAAGCUUGGCACCGUCGUUUAAGUUCAAUUAUUCAAUGUCAGCAUCCUACUCUUUGGAUAUUUAUUAAUAAUAUAAAAAUUGAAGAACAUUUCAUUCACUGUCAAUUGGUAAAACUUAAUGCUGGACAAAGAAUUGAGCCAAAUAAAAAAUAUUUGAAUUAUAGUAUACGUCUACGUCAUUUAAUUAAAUAUCCACUUCGAUCUAUUCUACAACAAUUAGAUGAACUUGCUCAUAAUUUAUAA